AUGAGUACUAGACCACGUUCCUCCACUACAACUGAAGAAUAUCCCGCUGGCACCAGUUUCGCUCCUCGACCAAGAAAUUCUUCUCCAAGGCCCAGACUUUCUCUUACACCCAACACAACUUUAGAAAUUGAAACAACAAAAUUAGAACCAACAAAUGAUUCUUUUGCUAAUAUUGAAAAAAUAAAAGUUGUGUUACCCCCAAAGUGCAAAAAUUUAAAAUCUUCUCAAAGGCGAUAUUCAACUGGGCCGGAAGAAUUAAAUUGUCGAAGCCCUACAAUGGUAAAAACUCGACUUCGUUGUGAUUCUACUGCCGCCGCUUAUCAUUAUCAUCAACCUGGAGAGGAUAUAAUCGAAUCAAACCCUGAAUAUGCCCGUAAAGCACCUAAAAAGCCGGUAGUUCAUAGAAGACAAAGUCGGGGUGACGACUGGGAAAAUUUUCCUGAGGAAGAACAACAGCAAGGACAGUCCCUCGGUGAUACAGAAGAUGAGUCUGUUGCUACAGAAAACUUGGGUGGGGAUUUUUAAAUAAAAUUUAAUAAAAUUGCAACGAGAAUCAAUGAAAAUUACAUUCAAUUUUCUUUAUUUUUUCCUUUAUUUUUCCCUUUCUUUCCUCGUGUUAACAAGCAAAAUGCUACAUAUUAACGUGGCAUUUGCUGCCAACCGGUUAAAUCAAUAUAUAACAGUGAAUUUACAUAAAGCUUGCUUUAAGU